AUGAUGGAUGAUUCCUUCAUAGCGACGGUCUUGGCGGGAUGUGGCGGCUCCUCUCAGGUCCUGUUUAACGGGGUGGAGGACUUCUACGUUCCUGGAGGAGAUGUAACUUGCCGGUACAGCUUCACCCGGCAGUUCAACCCUCGCCACAGUGACUGGAUUGGCAUCUUUAAAGUGGGGUGGGAGACAAUUAAGGACUACUACACAUACAUGUGGGUUCCCAUGCCCAGUCCCGAGGAAUUAACCACGCAGCAGGAGGUACUAUUCAAAGCUUAUUAUCUGCCCAAGGAUGGUGAGAAUUACCAGUUCUGCUACGUGGAUGAAGAUGGCAAGGUUCAGGGAGCAAGUACCCCUUUCCAAUUCUGUUCAAAAAGUGAGGAAGACAUGCUGAUUGUUACCACUCAGGAUAAGGUGGAAGAGAUGGAGCAGCGCACUGCGGAGCUUCUCCGUGAAAACCAGGAGCUGAAGGAGAACUGCACCAACCUCCAUCAGCAGAACACAGAUGUGCAGGCAAAGCUGCAGAGGAAGCAGGAUAAGGUGGAAAAGAUCGGGCAGCUCGCUAAGGAGCUUCUCCUAGUAAACCAGAAGCUGAAGGAGAACUGCACCAGCCUCUGCCAGCAGAAGUCAGAUGCGAAGGCAGAGCUGCGGAGGGAGCAGGGAAAGGUGGAAAAGAUCGGGCAGCUCGCUAAGGAGCUUCUCCUAGUAAACCAGAAGCUGAAGGAGAACUGCACCAGCCUCUGCCAGCAGAAGUCAGAUGCAAAGGCAGAGCUGCAGAAGGAGCAGGUACAGAUGCUGGCCAGAGGUGAACUUGGGAUCAGGCACAUUAGGAUGCAGUGUCUGACCCAGUGCUAA